GUAUCCGCCAUAUUGCUUUGCUCGUUAGAAAAUUGAAUGUACACAAUCGUACAAUUGGGGACGCUUUGACGUCUUCGUCGGUCCCAAAGACGAAAACGAGCAACAGCAGCAGGUGGAGAUAUGGCAUCAGCUAGUUGUGGGUCUCCUACUGAAGUUUCUCAAGAGACAUUGACAGAUGAAGUCACAGGAAAGCCAAGAGCUGACAUGGGAAGCUGCAAGGACAAGUCCAACAUGAAGGGUGUGGCACAGCAUGCUGGGAAAGAACCUUACAUGUGUGGGGAGGGCAGAAACACUGGUGAGAAACCCUACAUGUGUGGGGAGGACAGGAACACUGGUGAGAAACCCUUUAUGUGUGGGGAGGACAGGAACACUGGUGAGAAGCCCUCCAUGUGUGGUGGAGGUAGAAACACUGGUGAAGAACCCUAUACUUGUGGGGAGGGCAGGAAAACUGGUGAGAAACGCUACAUGUGUGGGGAGGGCAGGAACACUGGUGAGAAACGCUACACGUGUGGGGAGGGCAGGAACACUGGUGAGAAACGCUACACGUGUGGGGAGGGCAAAAACACUGGUGAGAAACCCUACAUGUGUGGGGAGGGCAAAAACACUGGUGAGAAACCCUACAUGUGUGGGGAGGGCAAAAACACUGGUGAGAAACCCUACAUGUGUGGGGAGGGCAGGAACACUGGUGAGAAACGCUACACAUGUGGGAAGGGCAAAAACACUGGUGAGGAACCCUACAUGUGUCGGGCGCGCAGAAACACUUGUGAAGAACCUUACAUGUGCGCAGAGGGCAAAAACACUGGUGAGAAACCCUACAAGUGUGGUGAGGACAGAAACACUGGUGAGGAACCCUACAUGUAUGGGGAGAGCAGAAACACUGGUGAGGAACCCUACAUGUAUGGGGAGUGCAGAAACACUGGUGAGGAACCCUACAUGUGUGGGGAGGUCAGAAACACUGGUGAGGAACCCUACAUGUGUGGGGAGGUCAGAAACACUGGUGAGAGACCCUUUAUGUGUGGAAACACUGGUGAGGAACCCUACAUGUAUGGGGAGAAAUCCUACAUGAGUGGGGAAGGAGGAAACUCUGAGGAGGAACCUUACAUGUACGGUGGAUACAUGGCAGAGCUCAGCAGGGAUGUGACAUCCAUACAGGAGGAAAGAUGCAGGACAGUUACCAGUACGGAGAUGUUGCGUACCAGCAGUUUGACAUGCAGACUUACUCUGAUCUGCAGACAUCCCAGAAACCGUACAAAUGUCACCAGUGUAACUUCAGCUCAGCGUGGAAGAAAAGCCUGAUUGUCCACAUGGCAAAACACACCGGGGAGAAUCUCUACACGUGUGGGGAGUGCGACUACAAGACAGCUAACAAGUACCAUCUGUCCAGACACGUCAAAAUCCACACAGGGGAGAAACCAUACAAAUGUGACCAGUGCAAUUU